UCGUCUACGAGUCGGACAUCGCUACUCCCUCAGAGAAAUUGACAGCAGCUGGGUCGCCUGUGUGAGCAAACCCGAAGGACAGACACGGCAGAAAAUAAAACUCUGCCGUUGCAGUGGGCUCCCCCUUCCCCUUUCCCCCACCGUUUGAGCGAACAUAUCAGUAAAGCGACCCCGGACGAGCUCUCUGACUCCGUUUCCCCGCUUUCACAGCGGAGCGGUCAGGACUUUUGUCAGUAGCUUAGCCGAGCUAGCGGGCUAACACGACUAGCUGGGUUCAGCUACAACAAGGAAUUACAAAUAUUCCACCGAAAAACACUGAAGAAUGUCGGGGAAGGAUCAGAAUAAACAAUCCACCACCGAACGGCUCGUGAAAGCGGUGCCGUACCCUCCCACAACGCGGCUCACCAUGAAAGAGCUGUACGAGGACGGCAAGCCCAAGGUGGAGCUUUUGAAGAGCCACCUGGUGAAAGAGGGCCGCCUGGACGAGGACGUGGCCCUACGCAUCAUUAACGACGGAGCCAACAUCCUCCGCCACGAGAAGUGCAUGCUGGAAGUCGAGGCGCCCAUCACAGUGUGCGGAGAUGUCCACGGGCAGUUCUUCGACCUGAUGAAGCUCUUCGAGGUGGGGGGUUCCCCGCACAACACACGCUAUCUAUUUUUGGGAGACUACGUGGAUCGAGGCUAUUUCAGUAUUGAGUGUGUGCUCUAUCUGUGGGCUCUGAAGAUCAACCACCCGACCACCCUCUUCCUCCUCAGAGGCAACCACGAGUGUCGGCAUCUUACGGAGUACUUCACCUUUAAACAAGAAUGCAAGAUUAAGUACACGGAGCGGGUGUAUGAUGCCUGCAUGGAGGCCUUCGACUGCCUUCCUCUGGCCGCUCUGCUCAACCAGCAGUUCCUCUGCGUUCACGGAGGCCUUUCUCCUGAGGUCACCUGCCUCGACGACAUCCGGAAAUUAGACAGGUUUAAAGAGCCGCCAGCUUUCGGGCCGAUGUGCGACUUGCUGUGGUCUGACCCUGGCGAGGACUACGGCAGCGAAAAGACCUCCGAGCACUUUUGUCACAACAGCGUGAGAGGAUGUUCCUAUUUCUACAGUUACCCUGCAGUAUGUGACUUUCUGAUGAAUAAUAACUUGUUGUCAGUUAUAAGAGCACAUGAAGCUCAAGAUGCAGGGUAUCGAAUGUACAGAAAAAGUCAGACGACAGGCUUCCCCUCAUUAAUCACAAUCUUCUCUGCACCAAACUACUUAGACGUGUAUAACAAUAAAGCUGCUGUGUUGAAAUACGAGAACAACGUGAUGAACAUCCGGCAGUUCAAUUGCUCUCCUCAUCCAUACUGGCUGCCCAACUUCAUGGACGUCUUCACAUGGUCAUUGCCCUUCGUCGGGGAGAAAGUAACGGAGAUGCUGGUCAACGUGUUGAACAUCUGUUCAGAUGAUGAGCUCAUGUCAGAGGGAGACGACACCUGUGAAGGUGGUGCCCCGGCAGUCCGCAAGGAGGUGAUCCGAAAUAAGAUUCGUGCCAUUGGCAAGAUGGCCAGAGUUUUCUCUGUUCUUAGAGAGGAGAAUGAGAGCGUGCUGCAGUUAAAGGGCUUGACCCCCACUGGGAUGCUGCCUCUGGGUGUGCUGUCAGGGGGCCGUCAGACCCUCCAGAGCGCCACCGUAGAAGCAGAGGAAGCACGAGCUAUCCAAGGCUUCAAUCCUCAACACAAGAUCCAAAGCUUCGAGGAAGCACGCGGACUGGACCGGAUAAACGAGCGAAUGCCUCCACGCAGGGACACCAAGCAGCCAGACGGCACUGCCAACUCCAUCAACGCAGCCAAUUCCCCCGACAAGAAUGGCACCAACGCACAGGCGUAGUAAACUAGCAGCUACCUAGCGCUCUCCCUCAUCCUUUCCUUUCUGUCUCUUUUGUUUUUUUAUUUUUGUUUUAUUUUCUUCUCUCUGUCUGUCUCUCUCUCUUUUUUUUUUCCCCUCUCAUUCUCUCUCUUUUUGGUAGAGGUGAUGCCCCCUACAUGCUAAAAUCUCCUGGACCAUUUCGGGGAGAAUCGCACAAUACCAUGAAGAGGGCGUAGUGAAAAAACAAACCAUGGUUCUUAUUUAUUUAUUGAUUAUAGAUGAUAAGAAAUUUAAGAUCUGUAACGGUGGGAUGAAAUUGAGAUGAAUGAAUACCUACAUGAUGGAAUAUUACAUGUGUACAUAAAAUACAGAAUAUAUAUAUAUAGACAUAGCGUUGGGGUGGUGUAAGGUCAUCUUAGAUUCUGUAGUUUAAAAAGAAAAACAAACAAAAAAAAUACAAUCCAUUUUGUAAAUUUGCAUUUAUAAAUUAGAUUUACUUCUGACGGUUUUUCUUUUUCCGUUUCUUUUUUUUUUUUUUUUUUUUUUUUAACUAAGACUUGCUUUAUCAUUGUUUGUGCUCUCAGCAAAUGAAUUCUUGGCCCGAUAUAAUUAUAUUGAAUGUUUUAAUUAUGUAAUCAUUAUAUUUGUGAAUACCCAAAGCAAGAAUGAUAAUUGUUAAAGCAAAUCAAACAAAAAAAGAAGUUUUGUUAUUGAAACCAUAUGUGGGAAAAUAUCUUCAUAAUGCCAAUUAUAGCUAAGGGGAGUGCAUUAAUAACAAGUGUUGACACAUUUAUACGUACGUGUACAUUUUCAAGUGUUCCCUACCAAACAUGAUGUUUACUUAGUUUCAUUUGUUUUCUUUUUCCUGUUCAUAACUCAAACUGCACUCAUUCGUAAUCAAACGGCGGUAAAAGCAAAAACCAUCCCCCCAAAAAAUCAGGAAGGAUGGUAGGAGGAGCAAUCGCGUCUGCAUGUUUUUUGUUUACUUUCUCCCUCCAUUUUCUAGUCACGCUUUUAUCAGUCUUUGGCCUAAUUCUGCUCACUUUUAGAUGUUUCACCAAUACUACAGUUGUUAAGGCAUGAUUUUACACUUUGUUUUUUUUUUUUUUGCCUAACUGCUUAAGCAGUCAAACGAAUCCCAUACAAUGUGCGUUAAAUAGCCAGGGUGAGGUUAUACAUUUCAGAACUUGCGCAUACAUGCCUUAGAUCUCAACAUAUAUGAAACUUGUUAAUCUGAAAAUCUUCUUUCUCUUGCCUUUUUUAUUUUCUGUUUCUACAAAACAAUUCUAGCCCACAAGUUGGAUGUUUUAAAUGUUAAAACUCAUUUAAUUAGAUCUUAUUUUGUACCUAUCAACACACUUGUAAGUAUCUUCAGCGCUAGUAUUUCUAUAGCUGCGCCUGUAUUCUCUAGAGUGGACCAUUUUCCACGCAUAUGAUUGACUAAAGCCUCAUCUUUGCUUUUACCUGAAGCAAAGCGACGUUCUUUUGAAUGCUUUUACUGUGCUGUGUGUUUUGAGAAGAACAGAAUUUGCAAGAACUGUUUACCAAAUCGUCUUUUCAGAUCUUUUGUUUUGCUUUUUCGUUUUCUACACUGUACUGUUAUCAUUGCGUAAAAUCCAGCGGCUGGAGAUUUCACUGCGCUAAGACUCUGACGUCCUGUACGUUACACGUUUGAGGUCAUGUGCCAUGCUAAUAACUAUAGCAAGAGUCCUGCGCGCAGGCAUCGAGACUGUCGCUCGCAUGUAUUUUUUCAUUUUAUUUAACGCCGCAAGCGGUUCAGGACUUGCUUGCGCUAAACUCCAUUUUACGUGGUGCACAUCUUAAAACGAGACUCGGCGAGGGGAAACCUGCAUGUUAUCAUUAAUGUAUUUAAAAGUAACUCUCUCAUCCAAAGAAAAGAAAAUCAGUGUUUUAAUGUAAUAUAUGGCUUUAUCAUUUAAAAAACAAAAACAACAAAAAAAAUAAAUCUGCUGAUUGUAUUUGAUCGUUGCCUCUCCAUUCACUUGAGAAGAGGCGAGCGCUCAAUCGGCGUAGUCGUGUAGACACUCUUUAACGAAAAGAAAAAAAACCCGCCUCGUUUAAUUUAAUGCUUUACUGUUUGCGAUAUAAAACAACAACCUGAGAGAGGCCUACACCCUCAAACAGGUACCAAAAGUUGACCCCAUGACCACCUUUUCGUGUCCUCUUUUUAAGUGUUUGUCUUCAAGUCUUUUGUUUUAUGUAAUGAGCCUCAGCAAACUAUUGUUUUGUUUAGUUUCCUUCAUGUUUAAUUUAAAAGCGGAUGUCUGGUGUGGGUUUUGGGUCUGGAAGGGAGGUUUUUGUUUGAUAUUGGAGAGGAAUUGGGGGGCGUUCGGACCACCGACCCCUAUUUAGGAGGGCUUCUGUUACAAAUUCCAAACAUAUCUUGCAGAAUCUACACAAUGUUUAGACAUUUUGAUUUCAUUUUUUUUUUGUUUUGUUUCUUUCUUAAUAGCUAAUAAAAGAGGAUGGCGGAGGAGUUUGUGUCAAGUACUUGUAUUGCGAGGCCUCUAUAAAUCUUGAUUUAUGUUGAUGUAUCGCUCCAUUUAAAAAAAGAAAAA